UUGAAGGUGUUGUAUUAACAUUGUAAAUUAUUUGAAAUAUUGUUAAAAAAGGAAAGGAAUAGAUAUAAAGAUGAACAAUAUUAGAUUAAUGACAAUUAGGACAUAUAAAAGGUAUCGUAAAUAUCCGUCCGGAAAUGCUGGUAUUAAAGCACAAAUAAAAUUUAAAAAUAUGGAAACUUUCAAAACUGAAACCGAAACCAAUCCUGAUGAAUUAAUGGAAGAUGAUACGGAUCUAAAUGAACUUGAUUUUAUGAACCUUGACAUGACAUGUGCAUCUCGGAGAGAAGAAAAGAAACAGAAAGAACUUUUGAAAAUACGUAUGGUGAGAAGAAAAUACUUUAAGGAAGUAGAGCCAAGUUUUCUUACAUUAGUUGAGAGGGAUCAAAUACAAAAAUUACAUGCAAGUAAUCCAGAUGAAUGGACACCAGAAAAAUUAAGUGAAAGCUUUCCAGCAUUGCCUGAAACAAUAAGAAAAAUUUUAAAAACAAAAUGGAUACCACAAUCAAUGGAUAGAGCAAUAAAAUACGAUAGUAAUGUUAUUGAAAAUUGGAAAAAUUUUAAAAUUGGUGAAUUGGUGGUAAAUGAUAGGUUGCACGAGCAUUUAACAAAGUUUAAAAAUAGGCAAAUUAGUUUAACCGAUAGAGAAUCAUUGCUCAAAAAUAUUAUUCCACCAAAGAUGGAAUUUCCAAAACCACAAAGUUCUGUAUUUUCAAGCAUUAUAACAGAAGUAGAAAAUACAGAACAAUCUUUGAAUAAUCAGAAGCUAAUUUCAUGUACAAGUGAUGUAAGCAGAAACGAGAAAGAAUUAAUCAUUACAGACAAGAAAAUUAUAGAAGAAUCUAUAGUACAAACAAAUAAAUUUACAAAUACAAACAGUAGUAACCAAAAGAAUAAAAUGAGUAAUAAAUUAAUAUUGAAUGAAUUUUUGAAAGCAAAAUUAAAGAAAUUAUAUGAAACAUCCCCAGAAGAAGGAAUAACAUUAUUACAAACAUAUAGACAACAUACACAAUUCACAAAUUUAAAAGAUGAAAGUUCUAAUAUAAACAAUACUGCAAAAGAACCAAGCACAAAGGAAAACAAAGUUACUACAAUCGACAAUAAAAAAGAAUCUGUAGAAAAAUCUAUGAUAGAAACAAAUAAAUUCACAAAUACAUACAAUAGUGACCAGGAAAACAAUAAAGUGAAUAAUAAAUUAAUUAAUAAUGAUUUUAUAAAAAUGAAAUUAAAGAGUCUCUACGAAACAUCCCCAGAGGAGGGAAUAAAUUUAUUAAGUACACAUAAACAAUAUGUACAAUCCACAAAUUUAAAAGACGUAAUUUCUGAUGUAAAUAAUACUGAGAAAAAACAAGACACAGAAGAGAGAAAUGUUGCCACUGUAAAAAUCCCAUCUAAUGAAAGCACUUUAACAGUUAGCAAAGAUAAAAUGUGCUUCAAUGUAGUAGUUACAUCGAAUAAAGAACGUGAUGCUUUAGAUACUUAUGUAAAAGAAUGGAAAACAAGCAUAGAUACAGAGUUCAAAUAUGCAAACUCUAUAAAGAUUCCUAAGAAUGUACGUAAAGAAGGUAUGACGUAUAGGAUAAAGGACUGCUAUUACGACGACGAUGGAGAGUUUUUGUACAGAACACCCGGAUUAAAAAAUUAACUGUUAUUUAUGAAAUAAAAUUCUUUGUAAUUGUUAAUAGUGUUAGAAAGAAUUA